GUAUUCUUGUUUUGUCUUCUUUUCCACCUCUUAAUUUCUUACUAUCUGUUUCCAUGAUUCCAGUCAAGGAGGGAAUAAUCUCUAUAAGUAUUCAAUCAGUCGACACAGUUUCUCAAUCUCCAUUUUUUUCCUACACACUUCUUCUUCUUCGGUCAAUCUCUCUGCAAUUCCCUUCUGUUUCAUCUAUUUAUUGUUAGGGAUUUUUUUUUUUCUUUCUCUCUUUUUUGUUUUUUUUGUUCUGCUCCGACUAAGACACGACAAUGUCGGAGAAGAAGACCAGAGUGUCUUUUACGGAAAAAGAUGCUGUCGCGCUGAUGCAGAGGUACGACCCAACUACGGUGUUCAUCUUACUUCAGGAAGUUGCGCAUUACGCUAAGCCGAAGAUUGAUUGGAGCGAGUUGGUGAAGAAAAGCGCAACUGGGAUUUCUAAUGUUAGGGAAUAUCAAAUGCUGUGGCGGCAUUUGGCCUACCGGCAUUCUUUGCCGGAAAAUUUUGAAGUUGGGGCUGAACCUCUGGAUGAUGACAGUGACUUAGAGUGUGAGCUAGAAGCAUUACCUCCUGUUAGUGUGGAAUCUGCAUCAGAGGCAGCUGCAUGUGUGAAGGUAAUGAUUGCUUCUCGCACACUCAGUGACUCUGCCCCUAGUAGCUCAACAAUCGAGGCUCCAUUGACUAUAAAUGUUCCAGUUUGCCAUUCAUCUGCAACACUUAUUGAAAGUUCACAACCCUCUAAUUUGAUGCAAGGGACAAACAUUGUUUUUCCAGUCACUGUUCAGAGACAAACAUUGCCAACACAUCCUGUACCACCAACAGAUGGUAUUGAAUCUAAGGGAUUAGUUGGUGGGAAUUUGGCGUCCAAAAGAAAACGGAAAACAUGGUCAGAGGAAGAGGACAUACAACUACGAGCUGCUGUUCAGAGAUGGGGCGAAGGGAAUUGGGCAACCAUGGCAAAAGGAGACAACUUUCCUAUUAAGAGAAGUCCUACACAGUUAGCACAGAGGUGGAGCAUUUUACGAAAGAAAGAUGGCACUGUCAAUUCUGGAACCAUAUCAACCAGCUCACAAUAUACUACUGCUGAACAACUGGCAACCCGACAUUCUUUAUCAUUAGCCCUUGAUAUGCCAUUCAAAAAGUUAACUGCUCCUGGAGUGUCAGAUCCUGUUAAGACAUCCGCAUCGGUUAAAAAUCAAGUGCAGAUUAGAAAUACUGUGGAGAAGGUUGCCAGUAGUUUUGUACCACCUCAACAGCCAUCUCGGCAAGCUUCUUUGUUGGGAUCUGAUUCGCAUGUAAAACCCAAACUAGUAGAUGAAAAACUAGUCUCGAAGGGUAAUAUAAUUUCAAAUCCUGUGCUAAAAUCUACCACAGCUGCUCCUGGGACACGGAUUGAUUCACCUUCAAAUACUGUAUCACAUUUUAAAAUUGCUCCAGUUAAACACAACGUGGACACCAAGCCUGCAGUGAGCUCUUUGACAAAAACAUCCGUUUCUACCAAUAUGCCUUCUGAUCCAAAGAACAAACCGGCUACACCUUUGGCUGAUAAAGUUCCAUUGGAGCAAGAUGCUAAUUCCAUGAAAGAGUUUAGAGCUUCUGAUCUCAGCUCCAGACCGAAAGAUCAAACACAAGAAAACGAACCUCCUAAAGUUACUAUUGAAAGCCAGGUCAAUAGCAACUUAGAGAAGGGAAGAUCAGAUAUAGGUCAAGCGAAGAUUGUGCCUAUUAGUUGUGGGGAGGAAAGUUUGAAAGAUAAAGCAAGUCAAGAUGAAAAACAACCAAGUGCUACUAAAGCAACUGCAGUCGUGUCCGAAGACCAAGGAAGUGUUAAGAAUGCUACUGAGAAUAGCAACCAUGACAAGGGAAGCCUAAAUUCUAAUCAGGACAAGAAAACUUCAAUCAAUGAAAGUUCAAACAAUCAAAAAAUGAAUGACAAAAAUGUAAAUUUGCCUGUACAAGAUGAAGGCAGCCAAAGUGCCAAGGUGGUAAAAACAGAUGGAGAAUGUUGAGUGGUUAAUUUGUGAAAAUGAGUAGUUUUUUUAUUUUUAGAUUGAAUUCUAAAGUUUUGAUGAAAUUUAAGUUAUUUUAGGAAUUUGUAGCACAUUAGUAUACUGUAAUAUUUUUUAAGAAAAAAAUUGCUUAGUGGUAAAUAUAUUUUGACGACC